AACAUUGUUACGCCGUACGUUAGGCAACUUAACAUGCGCCAAGUCAAUGGUUACAAAUACUACGACGAUUAUUUAAGAAAAGUAAUGGCCGAACGGUGCGCGGCCGCCUCCAAACAAAACCCACGGCGAAGAACAUGAACGCACCAUGUGCGACCUAACGUCACUGAAGGGCGCCCAGCUGAGUGUUCGAGUCGACGAAGCCCUGCCCGACAUCAUCGUCGUUUCCUACGUGCACGACGCGCACAUUUUCCGCGGCGUUCUCCUCGACGCGACGAAAAGGCAAUUGCCGUAUGGCGUCACGCAACUGAAUCCAGCUUUUAACGCCGGAAAGCCCGACGAAGAUGUGCUCUACGCCGUCAAACAAAGAUAUGCCUACACCGACCCAAAGUACACGCACAUAUCGCCGACGACUGCGCCGCAGACGACGCGGACUCUCAAGAAUAACAAAAUCGGCAAGAUGACGGUGCGGCUGAGACCCAGACAAGUCCUCUGCUCGAAAUGCAAGGACAUUUGUAAUGAGAAUUCAGAGAGUAUAACGAGGAAAAGAAAGGCUGUUGAUGCAGAUGUACCAGUUGUAACUCCACCUGUGGCAACGCACCCACUGGUUACACCAGUGAUAUCAACAUCGAGUCCGGCGAAACGCAGCGCGAAUGCUCCUGUAACCCGCUCGUCAUCAUCUUCACACCUGCAGGUUUUGUCUCAGCCACAAUUGCAAACACAAUCACACUCGAAAAAGCAACAGGGUGCUCUUAGCGGUAUUGUUAACAAAUUAAACAUUGUAAACAACAAAAAAGCGCUUAGUUUGUCCAAUCAGAGUAAUCAGAACGCUAUUGCCGGGAAUGACGUGCAAGAUGGGGAUGAUAAACGCUUAAAACGUGUGAUUUUAACUAGGAAAAAGUCUGUGUUGAUUGGGGAGAGAGAAAAAGAAGUGGAGGCGAAAUCAGCGGAGUUGGCGCAACCCGCCACUGCCAGAACGAUUAAAAUUUGUUACGGUCCACAGCGGGAGGGUACUGUUCUGAAAAUUCCUGCUGCAAUUGAAACAUCUAUUAACGUAGAUAGUGAAGAUGAUGAUGUUCCUGAAGAAAACGUAGUUGAAGAGGAAAUCGCAAGCAAAGCAACGCGUAAAGCGUUGAAAAAGGCGAAAAAAGCCAAGAAAAAGAUCACUUUCCAAACUAUUGGAUCACCAGAACAAUCAACAAGUCGUUACAAUCCUUCUUCAUCAUCUUCAUAUUCGAUUGGUUCAUCAUCGCCGCGUUAUACAGUUGGUAGCGCAUCUCCACGUCAUGGUUUAGGUAAUAAUUCACCGAGAUUCGUCGCGUCGUUGCCGCCUAUUCCCCAAGCCGCUUUCGAACCACUGCCGAAGAAACGUAAGCAUAAAAUGAAACACAAAAAGAAGCACAAGGAGGACAGGCAGGAUCGCGAUCGGAAGCAUAAAGAAGACGAAAAGAAGGACGAGGAGAAAGAGAAGUGCCUCACACAGAAACUUUCGAUUAAUUUGAAGCGGUUGAGUGGGACGUACACUACUUCCAUUGUAGCGGACGCCACGAGUACUACAAGUAAUAUCAGUGAACCAGAAGAGAAUGAUCCACUUUUAAUUCAUGAUGAUGAUCAGGGAGAGAAUGACGAUGUUCAUAUGGAUGAUAGGGAUGAAGAUUCAUCGGAGGAAGUGCCUGAUUUUCCUCCGGGGCCGCUCAGAUUGAAGCUGACAGCGAAAAAUUUACAUUCAGCGCUUGGUGCCGAAGGUGGACAAUUGAUAGUCGGCGAUGUCGUCUGGGGUAAAAUACAGGGUUUUCCUUGGUGGCCAGGAAAGAUUUUGACGAUUACAAAUGGCGAUAGUGGUCCCCGUCCACAAGCGCAUGUUUCAUGGUAUGGUUCAUCCACUUCCUCACUAAUUCAAUGUGAACAUCUCAGUUCAUACUUGGCUAACUUCAAAGCUCGAUACAAUAAAAAGAAACGCGGUCCCUAUAAAGAAGCGAUAAAACAAGCGACAACCGAAGCUCGGGUGCUCGCUGAGUUGAAAAACUCCGAAGCUGCUCUGUCGCCAUCUUCUACCACAGCUUCAACAUCAGCAGCGGCUUCUGCGUCGACUUCGGCCUCUCCUUCACGGAUGAUUAUGCUGGUACAACCAGCGUUGGCAUCUCCACGCGAAAUCAACGUUAUUUCAUAGAAAAUCCUAACCUAAAAAAGUAUAACUUGCGUUUUCGAAAUUUAGUCGUCGAAAGCGUGCUUAACGAAUUUAUAUUAAAACAAAAAACAGUGGUUAUCAAAGAGAGAUUUGACAUUUAUGAGAUAUGAGAUUUAUUAGUUCACUUAAACAAAGAAAUUAUCGAGUUUUAAUAUUAGAAACCUAACGGCAAGCGAUGUGAGUGGUUUUAUGAGUUAGUUUUGUGCAUAAUUAUUUAAUUCUUAACGAUAAGGUUUAGUUUUGGGAUGCUGUAGCAAAGCAAGAUCACUAUGCAAAUGGAAAACAAAUUAUUGUGAUAUUUUAGUGUAUAGUUUUGAAUAGUUUAAGGCAUUUAAGCUAAGCAACCGCAGAGAAAACAAACUAGUUAAUAUAUGAAUUGAAAACAAAUGAGAAAAACUAUAAACUAACUGAAACUGCGAACAGAGAGUAAUUUAAUUUGAUUUUAAGCGAGUUUUAAGUGCGUUGAAUAUUGUUAACAAGUGGCUAGUGGCAAAAACAGUGGAAGAGUUGUUCUUCACGUGCAAAUAUUGCGAUUAUUAUAAACAUUGCUGUGUGUAAAGAUGUACGAAGGUGUUUAUUCAACUUACGAUGUUAAGCAAGUGGUUAGAUUUUCAUUGACAUCUUGAGUUGAUGACAUUUAUUACACUUUUUGAUGAAACUGAUUUAUAUAUGAUAUGAAUAUGAUACUGUACUUGUAAUAUAAUUAUCAUCGGCAAUAUUAACGAGAUAA